AGUGUAAUUAGAUAGUUAACCUAAAUUAAUUUAGUUUACAAUAUAUUAGCAAUAGGUUAAAUUAAUUGUGCUACUUAAGUAUACUUAAAUACACUAAAUAUUAAAUUGAUAUAGUACACAUAUUCAGAAGUGUUUUGCAUUGAAAAAGCAUGCAGCGAUCACAGCGAUUAACAGAUGGAUUUUCAUAACUUGUAGGUGCUUAUGCUAUACUAUAAAUGCACUACUAUCACAUUAAGUAUGUUACUUAAAAGUGUACUUUUGCUAUACACAAUUGCAAUAUGAUUGUUUUCCACAUUUAUUGUCAAUAAAAAGAAAACAGAUAUUUAAAUAGUUUCAUAAUUUCACAGUAACCAAAAAUAAUUCACUUAACACUGUCUGUGAGUUAAUAUUUAGAACAGGCAUGACAACUGUAUUUUUCUGACUGUUUGCUUUGUAUUGCAUAACAUUUUAUGAAAAAAAAAAAAAACAACUUGCAAGCUUGGAGGAUAAGCGAAUAGAAUAGACUUUUGUGCGCCAUCAUUGCAUAUCUGGUUGAUUACGAUUCUCAAAUAUAUUUUAUGCUUUUAAAAAAAAAACUGACACACAUCACCAUUGAAUAGUUUGUGACACUCUGAGCGGGCUUUAUCCUCAAAUCAAAAGUUUUUAUUUUAUUUUUUAAAUAAGUCGUAGCCAAUCAGACGUCUAUAACAAUUUCGGCCAAUCACAAUUGGGCCACAGUCUGUUACACUGGCGCGAAAUGUAUGAGAAGAUGGCGAACGUCAAGGCAGCAGGAGCUAACGUUAGCGCUCCACCAAGAAAAAAAAAACACUUUAGAAAGUUCUGAUGACGAAACAGACAUUGAGAUGAAGCGACAAUAUGAAAAAGCAAAAAGACAAAAAAAAAGUUGCAAAAGAGAGGAUCCUCACUCAGUUGAAGGAUACACUGAGGAAACCACUCCACUCCACUCCAUGCAGAACCAAUCCAUUACAUAGUGAGGAGGAAGUUGAAUCCGAAAUGGUGGACACAAAUGUGGAUUUGUUCAAUUACCCAGGGAAUUCUCAAUCAACCAGACAAAAAAAGGUUGGAAAGGAGAGGGUCCUCACUCAGCUGAAGGAUACACUGAGGAAACCACUCCACUCUGAUCCACGCAGAACCAACCCGUUACAUAGUGAGGAGGAAGUUCAAGCCGAAACCGUGGACACAAAUGUGGAUUUGUUCGAUUACCCAGAGAAUUUUCAACCAACCGAUACCUUAGAUGCUGCUGAGGCAAGUGGAGAGAGCGUGGAACAGCCAUUAUUUGUCAGUGGUGAAGUGUUGAAAGCUUUGAAAGAAAUUCCCACCUUAGUGCAGUGUGUCAAGGAACUAAUAUCCUCAAUGAACAGAGGGAUGGAUACAGCAAGCACAAGCUCAGGGUCCUCCAGCUCAGCCCAAGAGAUGACACUGUCAUAUCUGAGUUUCCGGGCACGUCACAGUACUCAGUAUUUCAACCUUUUAAUCAAAGUUGAAUAA